CCUGAAUGAACUUUUGGGCCAACAGUAGAUGAACAGGGUUGUCAAAAUAAGCUGAAGUCGGCUGUGCUUUGUAAAGCUGACUCACAUACCCUCGGAACCUACAGUGCUUCUGGAUUCCAGCCCCCGGGGCACCAUGCCAGACAGUCUGGGCGUGCGAGUCACAUUUGCUCUGACAGCCUGGAUGCUCUCCGUGGUCUCCAGUUCUUCCUCUCCAGCAAAUAGUUUGCCAGAUAUCAAAAACGAAGAUUUUAUCAAAGACUGUGUUCGAAUGCAUAACAAGUUCCGAUCAGCAGUGACUCCAGCAGCCAGUGAUAUGCUGUACAUGACAUGGGACCCACUACUAGCUCAGAUUGCAAAAGCAUGGGCAAGCCAUUGUGAGUUUGCACACAACCAACAGCUGAAACCACCCCACAAGCUGCACCCAAAUUUCACUUCACUGGGAGAAAACCUCUGGACUGGGUCUCUAUCCAUUUUUUCUGUGUCUUCAGCCAUCACAGACUGGUAUGAUGAAGUUAAAUACUAUGACUUCAAGACUCGGAAAUGCAACAAAGUCUGUGGCCAUUACACUCAGGUUGUCUGGGCAGAUAGUUACAAAGUUGGCUGUGCAGUACACUUUUGUCCUCAAGUUUCUGGCUUCCGAGGUCUUCUCAAUGGAGCACAUUUUAUAUGCAACUACGGACCAGCUGUUUCUGACAUUCCCUCGAAAGGGCUCCGGGCACUUAGUUCUCCAGUCCUGCGCACUCAGCUCCGGACUCCUGCCCUCGGCUUGUUUCUGCUGCCUCGGACCGCGGUGACUCCCCUCCUCCCGGUCACCUCGGGUCUCCCCGAUCUGCAGCAGCCAGAACAGACUCCUCUUCGUCACCCUUCUGAUUUUACAGCUAACCCACAACGAGACAAAGUGACACGUUACUACUCCACUGUGUUUCCAGACUGGCCGAUAUAUCCACGUGACAGAAACACAUCUCUUUUUCUCAUAAUUAUCCCACCAAUCCUAAUACUGAGUGUUAUAAUUAUCAUGUGGGCCAAGGGCAAAUACCCUCAUUUAUUUACUUUGAAAUAAUACAAUCCAGGGAGGAAAAAAAUCUUCAUUCAUA